UUCAGUUUCAAUUACGUAUCUUGUUUCAUCUUUUUUUGUCUUCUCCUCGCUCUUCCCAAUUUACUUUUGUUGCUCAUUUCCGCUCAAAGCUUCUUCUCCAAAUUCAGUUUCCCAGAAGCCAUGUCUCAGACCGUGGUUCUUAAGGUUGGCAUGUCAUGCCAAGGCUGCGUUGGGGCCGUGAAAAGGGUCCUAGGGAAACUGGAAGGUGUGGAGUCGUACGACAUUGAUAUAGAGCAGCAGAAGGUGACAGUGAAAGGUAGUGUGCCGCCAGAGACAGUUCUUCAGACCGUCUCCAAAACUGGAAAGAAGACUGCCUACUGGGAAGCAGAGGCAUCUGAAGCCGAAGCAAAGCCUGCUGAGGGUGAAGCAAAGCCAGCAGAAGCUGAAGCAAAACCGGCAGAAACCGAAUCAAAGCCUGCAGAAACCGUGGCUGCUGCUUGAAGUCCCUACCACUUUUCCAUUGUGGAUGUAGGUCGGUUAAGGAUCUGUUGAUCUGUUUUAUAUUGAUAAAGUUAAUGACAUGUUUGUUAUUUGUGGAUUAUUCCGUGGGCUCUUACCUGUUUGUAAGCUACAAUAUCUCAUCAGUUGGCCUGCUGUAAUGGCCUCCUGUAUAAAUAAUUGAAUAGAGACCACGCAUUUGCUGUUUCUUUUCUUUUGUUUCUCUCUGUUAAAGAGGUCAUUGUAUACCUUCUGCUUGAUUUGCAGAAGAAAGUAUAUGAAAAAACUUUUAUUAGGAAUGGUUUGAAUGCUUUUAUA